CAGUCCACAGCUCAACAGCUCCCAGUCACACUCAGCAAUAAAAUGACUUGCCCUUGGCCUUGUCUUUCUUCUCUCAUUAGCCUUUUCGGCUCUCUCUGUCUCCCAUAGCUGUAGAGAUAUUCCCACACGCCUCUCUCUUUCUAUCUUUGUCUCUCCUCUCCCUUCUUCUUCCCCUUCUUAUAUAUAGCUCUCACAAACAAUUAAACAAACUCAGAAUAAAGGAAAACCAGAGCAAAAGAAGAAAAACCAUUUAAUUUUUGGACCCAAAUAGAAGAAAAAGAAAAGGAAAGAUGGGUUUCUCUCAUCUGGGAUUGUUUGUCUGUGCUUGCCAUGUGCUUGUUCUAGGAGCUCUUGCUUCUGCUUCAUCCAGAAAUUUACCAAUCAUAUCCUUUGAUGAAGGGUAUAACAAGCUUUUUGGAGACGACAACCUCAUGAUCCUUAGAGAUGGGAAAUCCGUUCAUCUCUCACUGGACGAACGGACGGGGUCUGGAUUUGUUUCUCAGGACCUCUACCAUCAUGGAUUUUUCAGUGCUUCCAUUAAGUUGCCCGCUGAUUAUACUGCUGGAGUUGUUGUUGCCUUUUAUAUGUCAAAUGGUGACAUGUUUCCGAAGAACCAUGACGAAAUUGAUUUUGAGUUUUUGGGGAAUAUACGAGGCAAAGAAUGGAGGAUUCAGACCAAUGUUUAUGGCAAUGGAAGCACCAGCACCGGCAGAGAAGAGAGAUACAAUCUCUGGUUUGAUCCUUCUGAUGAUUUCCAUCAGUACAGUAUUCUCUGGAGUGACUCUCAGAUCAUAUUUUAUGUGGACGAUGUUCCCAUUAGAGAGGUUAAGAGAACAGAAUCAAUGGGUGGUGACUUUCCCUCUAAGCCAAUGUCAUUGUAUGCCACAAUAUGGGAUGGAUCUGAUUGGGCUACCAAUGGUGGAAAAUACAGAGUGAAUUACAAGUAUGCCCCGUAUUUGGCCCAGUUCUCUGACCUUGUUCUACACGGCUGUGCAGUUGAUCCAAUUGAACAGUUAUCCAAGAAGUGUGAUAACAUCCGAAGUUCUGAAUCGGUACCUACUGGUGUUACACGCCUACAAAGAAUUAAAAUGGAUAGUUUCAGGAAGAAGCACAUGACAUACUCGUACUGCUAUGACAGAAUCCGAUACAAGUCUCCUCCUCCAGAGUGUGUGAUUAAUCCCCAAGAAGCUGAAAGGCUGCGAGUGUUUGACCCCGUCACAUUCGGGAAAGGGAGACGCCACCAUGGAAAGCAUCACCACCGGAGCAGAGGAAGCCAGGCAGAGGGCCACUUCUAUAUGAAUAUAUAAGAUUCUCAUAUGAGCAAGCACUAUGUUCAUCUCCAUUGGCAUUCAGUUGAUGUUGCUGAGUCAGUUUUUCGGUGUAUAGAGAGGAGAAGCACAAAUUUAUUGAGGGUGGAUAGAGUUUUUAUAUGGUUGGGUUGGGGGGGGCAUGUGUGUAUAGGUCAUAUACCUUUAGAUGAUGGUUCCCAGUUAUCAUUCAUGCUUGUCUUUGGCUUUACAAAUUGAAUCUAGUGAUGAUUUCUGUACUUUUGACACGCCCUCAUGGGUUCAAUAAAUAUUUUAAGCAUAUGGAAUUUACUAUAAUAUGUAGUAGGCGUGGAUUUCCCUUUUGUUA